CACUCUUUAACCCACUCCCACUCCUCCCCUACAUCAUCAUCACACCCAUCGUCUCUCUUUCUCUUCCUCUCUCUCCCUCUCUCUCCCGCUCCCCUCUGCUCUCCAGUCUACACGCUUCCCAUUCUCUCGUUUGAUCGCCUAGGACGACCACCCCCUGCCCUGAACAUCUCUCACAGUCUCACGCUCAUCUGGUAGCUUUGACUUGUUCCCUGCCUCUUCCGAGAUAAGCAAAUAAAAAGCCUUCGUACAGGAACUCACAUCGCCUCAAGUCCAUCCAAGCACCAAACCACAAUGAAGUACUCUCUCCCUUCCCUUCUCGCCCUCCUUCUCGUCGCCGUCUCGAUGCAGGCCAUCGAUGUCGACGCCUCGACCAAGAAGUGCAAGGCCAAGUCGUCUACACUUUCCAGCUCUGGCUCCGGCUCUGGCUCUGGCUCCUCGUCUACAAAAUCGUCAUCUGCCAGCUCUUCGACCAAGACCAGCACUUCCUCCUCUACUUCCACAUCAUCGGGCAAUGCCACUUCCUCCGGAUCAAACACUGACUACACGCCCAACGGUAUCAAGGCAGGUGUCUCCGGCGGCAACUCCGUCAAGUACCUCGGUGCCCACAUUGGUUCCUGGAAUGAUUGGGGAGCUGCUGGUGCAAAUGACCACAAGAGCUCGUCCGCCCUCUACGUACCUAUGCUGUGGGGUAACGGUGAUAACUCUGCCAACACUGGUCUUUCCGGCACCACCAACUCUGAUCGUAUGGCUCAGUUCGAUGCACUCACUGCUGGAUCCCAGAAGUAUGUCAUGGGCUUUAACGAGUUCGACCUCAAGGGCACUGGUUCGUCUGGACUGAUGACAGCCUCCGCCGCCGCUUCAUUGUGGGACGAGAAGUUUGGCCCCUGGAAGGACGCUGGUAGUAUUCUCAUCUCGCCCUCGUGUGCCAAGCAGGCCGAUGAGACCCUCCUUGCCCCUUUCCUUGCCGCUGCCACCGUCAAGCCCGACUGCAUUGCCGUGCACAUCUUCCGCGACAGUCUCGACGGUAUGAAGAACACCAUGAACCACUACCUGAACACCUACUCUGAUUACGACUGCUUCUGGGUCACCGAGUUUGCUUAUGCCAACUACCAGAACGGUGCUCACAACUACGGUACCGUUUCUGAGACCGACGACCUCAUUGGUCAGGCCGUUGACUACUUUGAGAGUCUCGACAAGGUCAAGGCUUACUUCAUCUCCGAUGCCGACAAUGGACCCAAUGGUACAUUGACUUCGUCUGGUGGACUCACAUCGGCAGGACAAGCCUACCUUUCUGCCAUCUCCAAGUACUCGAGCACAUCCCGCAGGCGUGCCAUCAGUGGCAACCACGCUCAACGUCACGUUCGCAGGGCUGCCGCUGCCUCUCGUCGAAGUGCUCGCUCCGUCUAAAGUGGCGAUUCUGCCCUUCUCGACGACGGUGCUGCAUCUGACCGUCGUCUAGAUCGGAAGAGUUUCGGUGUGACAUCUUGUACUUUAACGACCUUGACGACGAGCUGCAUUCCCCUUGCACCUCCUCCUUCUCUCACUCUUAUCUCGCUGUCCUGCAAAUGGACGGGAUUGGCGCCAUUCUCCUAGUCUGCUGGGCGGAACUAGGUCUAGGUGGCCUCAAUUGUACUGCUUUCUCAUACACAAAGUCGUUCCCAGUGUCGUCUUCCCCCGAGAUUCCCCCCUCUCACUCUCUCAUGCUGUCGCUGUUCCGUCAUUCCUGUUGUCCAUGUGAGAGAUUGAUUCCCUCUGAUUGCAAGAUGAUGCCUGCAGCCAAUACAUUUCAUUUCCUGCAUU